CUUUAACGUUUAAUAUUAUGCUCCUCAAACUUCUGGACACUAAAUCAUUGUUUCAGUACCUAUUAGAUGUCAGUCGUUUUCAAAGCUGAAGGAUUCAUUCUAUUAGACCACGGACAGACCCUAACAGCACCAAGAGUUUGGAAAAAUGGGGACAGUUCUUUAUUACACCCUGUACCGGGACUAUUCUACCAGCCAAAACAGUACUUCAAAACUAAGGCAGAUUCAGAAAAAUGUAAUCUUCGGGAUCUUUUCACACAUUUAGGGUAUCCGUACAGUAGUGGUGCUGAUAUCCUGACUGAUGAGAAUACUUCUAACAGUCUGCCGGAUCAUACUUGUAAAAAGAGAAAAACAUUUCCGCAAGUUUACAAAACAUGGAAUUGGUUGGAACCUGGGGCUGUUCCUUCUUUUAAAAACUCUACCCUUGCUAAACAGUGUACAGAAAUAAUAGGUACUGAUAUUCUUCCUUUUCCGGUGCAGCUUAAUAAAUCUUUGUCGCAGAAAGUUAUCUCUUCUAACAAUGGCACCAUGGCUGCUGACAUCCAUCUUAAAUCUUCCGGAAUAUUCAACAAAUACGUCAGUAAUUCUUCAGCCAGGACCAUCAUCGUCAAAUGUGUAGACAACUCUUACAUAAUACCUCCUAACUCCUCCUUCCUCAUGUCCGAUAUCUCUCACGUGAAUUCUCUCCUCACAUUUGCUCCUUCAUCAAAGUUUCACUUCAUAGUCAUGGAUCCACCAUGGUCGAACAAAUCAGUAAAGAGAAGUAAACACUACACCAUGCUCUCCACUCAAACUAACCCUCAUUCUACCCCUCAUUCUACCCCUCAAACUACCCCUCAUUCUACCCCUCACUCUUCCUGUCAGUUUACCAAACACAGAGCAUAUGAAGAUGUAGGGUACAUGUUUGAUAAGAUAGAUGUGAAGAGUCUACUACAUGAUAAAGGUAUGAUCGGAAUGUGGGUAACAAACAACACCGCCCACGUGCAACAUGUUUUGAAGGUGCUGUUUCCGAGGUGGAACUUGGAGCUGAUAACAGUUUGUUUCUGGCUAAAGGUCACCAGCAGCGGGGUACCUGUUGUGCCCUUUAUCAGUCCUCAUAAGAAACCAUAUGAGCUGCUCCUUGUGGGAAAGGCAAGUUUUGAAUUAGACUCUGUUGGUCCGACAUCAGAAGAUGUUGAGAAUCUGGUAUCUUUUCCUUAUAGUCAGUUGGAUGGUUCAAGUGAUCCGAGUAAGUCCCAAGAUCAAGAUUCUGUAAAAAGUACUUCACAAAAAUGUAAAGUAAAGAAAGUAAUCCUAGCCAGCAUUCCUUGUGUACAACAUUCAAGGAAACCUCCCCUUGGAUUUCUGUACUCUGAGCUGAACAAGACUAAUAGUAUACACGAGCUUAAAGAGGAUAAAAGUGGAGAGGGUCCUCAUUUCUUGGAACUGUUUGCGAGAAGUUUGAAUAGUGGGUGGGUGUCCUGGGGUAACGAAGCCUUGCUCUUCCAAAAUUCUUCUUUCUUCGAGCUACAAAGCACAGACGGCUAG